AUGGACUCAAACUUUUUUGAAGAUGAGUAAUUCAACAACAACACAUGGGAUGAAUACUCUGAGAAUAUGGUUUGCCCUUCACCUCUUUUGCUUGGGCAUCCCUAGAUUAAAAAGUUUAAUAAUGAAGACGAACUCUCACCCAUACAUCUUCAAUAUCAUACUGACACUCUAGAUGAUGACUACAGUCAACAAAACCAACCUUCUCAACCUAAUAAACCUCUUAUCAAAAAGAAACUUCACAAAAGUCACAAGAGAACUCCCUCAAAAAAAAAUUAGAAUUCUCCUUCAGCGAGCAGAGUACUGAAUGACUUUGCUACAUAUGCCAAACUUUCUGGAGAUAACACUUCCUAAUAAAUUCAAUAUUGUAAACAAAUGUAACAACUUAUUGACAAUCUUGAAGGAAUCCUGUCCAAAAUCAAAUCAAAAAUUUUAAACUCAUACAAAAAGUAGAUAAAUUAGAAAAAUUGA